AUGGACUCGUUCCUACCACGUUUAAGAAGUUGCAGCUAUAACCGCAACUAUAUAAAUAACAACUUAGAAAACAAGCAAGUUGAAAAAGACGAAGUUAUAGAAAACAUCAAUAAAGAUAUCAGGAAAAAAAAUAAUUCUGACAAAGCUUGCUAUAACAUAUUAAAUGGUAAUUAAAAUCAAAACUUAAACUCUAAUGAUGCUGAAUUCAAAAAGGAAGUAGAAUUUGCACUAAAUACUUAACGCACUGCUAGUGUCGGAAGAAAAAGAAUUAUGUAAAGAUAAGACGUAAAUUCGAAUAGUAACUAACUCUUUAAAAUGCUUUCAACCUAAAAAUCUCAAGAAGUCAAAUCAAUCGAAAGUCAAAGACACAAAAUUCAAGAUAAAAUCCACUAACGCAACAACAACACUUCCAACAAUUAACAGAAUGAGAACUCUAUAAAUGGAGGAACCAGCAGAUAAAGCAACUAAACUCUCUCCAGCAUACUUAAAAAUAGCUUUUUGAAAUACCCUCAUUAAGUUGCUCCUUAAAAUUAACAAUAGAACUAUUUCUGCUCAGAUGAUUAGAUUAAAAUUAAUAGUGUGAGCAACAACCCUAACAGCGCUAACGCUAACAGCAGUAGCAAUAAUAACACUGCUAAUGCAUCUAAUAACGAACACGCAGAUUAAGUUUAUUAAUAUUAUACAGGGUUUGAGAGUGAGAAUAACUCUAACUAGUGCCCUCCCAUCAUUAAUAAGAACUCUCUCAAUAAAAAUUAAUUCUACGACUAAAAGAAUACUGGAAAGAAUUCUUACUAAGAUAGUAGUAGUGCAUACAAUGAAUUUUUACCCGAUUGUAAUAGUGGUAAUAAUUAAAACGGAAACAACACUAACGCUGUCUAAAAGUAAUAAGAAGCAAAUUCCUCAUCAACAGCAUCUUCUCGCAAUGAAUCUGAUAAUUAAUAUUAACAAUUCUGCACAUCUUUACCUUCUCAGCGCUAUCAUUAGCAUAAAUUCAUUGCAUCAGUUGAAAGAAAUCACUAAAAUAAAAUUCAUUAAGAAACUCCUCCUAAGGAAGUAAAAUAUUAUGACUUGAAUAGCUGCUCAAGAAGUAAGAUUUAAAGCAAUAAAAAAAGCUGGAAUAUCAGAAGUACUUCUUAAAAUUACCAUUUAUACAAUCCUAAUACAAACACCACUAAGAAAAUCGGAAACAACGCUACCGAAAAUAAUAAUUAAUCAGUUGGUACAGUUGUUCCUACUGUAACUGCUUCACCUACAUAGUAGGCUCUGAACACAGCUGGCGGAGUAUUUUUUAGCUCCAAGCUCUACUAAAACAACCAAAUUAUCACAUAGACUAUCCCUGCUAUGUAAGAAAGCAUCGAAUAUAAUUAAUAUAAAGUUAAUCAUACUAAAAGACAUUCAGCUGCUUUAACAACAAAUAACGAAACUAUUACUAAUUAUCAAUCUCACAAUGAACCCUCUUGCGAAAGAACUUAUCACCAUGAAAAGGGAAAUCAAAAGAGUGUUGUAAUGAAGAUUGGAAAGAAAAUGAUAAAAAUAUUGAACCCCUAUAAAAACAUAGUGGAAAGCAAGAAUAACUAGUCUGUUGAAUCAAACAACAGAAUUUGCAAGAAAGAAAAUGCUGAAUUAAUGAAUUGCUAAAAUAAUUGCUUCAAUAGUACUCAAAUUACUCCUAAAAAGAGCAGAAUAGCAAAUUUAGAUUAUAUUGAAGAAGCUUAAAAGGUGCAAGAUCAAAUUAUGAUUAUGAAUCAAGAUCAGGAUAAUUAGACAAUCCCUACUACUCCCUCGAAAUUAAAAUAGAAUCCCUUUAGUUAACAUUACACUCAAAAUUAAUAAUAGCAAUAGGAUCUAGGAAAGAAGGAUAAAAUUAGGGAUAUUAAUAAAAAACUUGAGAUUCUCAAUAUGAAUAUCAAAAAAAGACAAAUGAAUAACUAUAAUAGCGAAAAAACUACCGACUCCUCUUCUAAAGAAAAUGAAAUUAAUACCAAAACCGCUUAUUAAACUGAUUCCAAUGAGGAAAAUACUCAGGAAGAUGAAGACUUGAGAGUAAAAAAAUAAGCCGAAAUUAUUAAUCAAAUUCAAAAUAGUGACAAUCUAUUCCCCUCUACCAAAUGUAAUGUAAAUAAAAAAUAUCUGAUAGUCAAACAAAAUAAAUUUAUUAAUUAAUGUUUCUAAUCUCCAUUUUUAAAACCUACUACUGUCUCAAAGAAAAGAAUAUAAAAUGAAUAACCACAAAAUAUUUGUAAGCUUAAUGACAUAAUAACCAUCAUGAGCGAAUCUCAAGACUCCUUUAAUCUUGACGAUUAAAUGUCAGUAAUCGGUGGAAAUUGCAAUAAUCCUUCCUUAGCUUCUACUAUAAAGAGUAUAGUCUAAGAAAUGGCUGUCUGA